UUGAAACGAUGUCGGAAAACAAACCAGUGCGGUUCGGAAUACUAGGUUGCGCUGAAAUAGCGCGCAAGGUAUCAAGGGCCAUGAGGCUUGCACCAAACGCCACCAUCCAGGCCAUCGGCAGCCGUUCGAUCGACAAGGCCAAGAAAUACGCGUCCGAGAAUGGCUUCCCUGACUCGGCUAAGGUCUAUGGUUCGUACGAAGCCGUGCUUGACGACCCUGAAGUCGACGCCGUCUACUUACCUCUCCCCACCAGCCUUCACUUGAAGUGGGCCGUGUUAGCCGCCGAGAAGAAGAAGCACCUUCUACUGGAGAAGCCGGUGGCUCUCAAUGUGUCGGAGCUGGAUAAGAUUCUGGAGGCGUGCGAGUCAAAUGGGGUGCAGUACAUGGACGCUACUAUGUGGAUGCACCAUCCGAGGACUGCUAAGAUGAAGGAGUUCCUCUCCGAUCCAGAGCGUUUUGGCAAACUCAAAUCGGUUCACAGCAUCUUCUCCUACGAUGCUGGGCCGGAAUUUUUCAAGAACAACAUUCGUGUGAAACCGGAUCUUGAUGGUCUUGGCUGUCUAGGUGAUGCCGGGUGGUACUGUACCCGGGCAAUCCUUUGGGCUGCCGACUAUGAGCUCCCUAAAACCGUGACAGCUUUACGCGAGCCUGAAUUGAACGAAGUAGGGGUCCUCAUAACCUGUGGUGCUUCCCUAAGUUGGGGUGAUGGGAGAAUAGCAACUUUCUACUGCUCUUUCCUCACCAAUAUGACCAUGGACAUAACUUGUGGUGGAACAAAGGGAAAUCUGCGCAUUCACGACUUUGUCAUACCAUUUCAAGAGAAUGUUGGGCAAUUUUAUACAGCUUCCAAGUCCACAUUCGCACAACUUUCAUUGGGGUGUGGACCAAUCCCGAGCGAGCACGCUGUCACCACUGAUCUUCCUCAGGAAGCUCUGAUGGUGAGUGUGUUUGCUGGGUUGAUUUCGAGCAUUGAGAGAAAUGAUUCGAAACCUGAGAAGAAGUGGCCGGCAAUUAGUAGGAAGACACAGCUGGUUCUGGAUGCUGUUAUUUCGUCCAUCCAGAAAGGUUUCCAGCCCGUUGAGGUUGGGAAUUAAGGUUAGGGCUGUGAUUCCUACACCCAGUGGGGCGACCCCCACUGACAACCACAGUGAGGUGUCGCCUCCACAUUGGCCGAAAACAAAAAAAAAAAAAAACAGUUUUUUUUUUUUCCCCACCAAUCACACGCGACUCCUAGUACCAACACUGGGGGUCGGAGGC